GACAGCACUCGACAUAGACAUGUUUACUAUAUUUCCUUGGAAAAUUGUCUAAAUAUUCGCAUAUUUGAGAUAGAUAUAUGUUCGUGGCACAUCUAUAUGUUUUAAUACAUUUUGUUGAACUCUUUGCAAGAAGAUAGCUCCUUUUAUUCAGUUACCGUUACUUAUUCGAACUCUUUCUUAGAACAUAUGUUGGUAGAAGUGUUUGACAAGAAUUUGGUGCGUAAUAAGACGAUAUGUAUGAUGUAUCCUACAAAGCUACAACAUGGACAUAGUGUCUAUCUUUCUAUAAUUUGGUAUAUAUAAAACUAACGUUGACUCGAGAUAUGCCAUCCAUGUUAUCUUUCUAUAGUUUUAUAACAUUUUAAUUAUAGAAGAUUGUCCACACGCAAACUUGUAUAUAUCUUGUGAAGAUAGUAAAAGGCAAGACAUUCUAAAAAUGGCUUGUUCAGAGUUGCAAAGAGCCAUAGAGAACCCAGUUCUUGAGCUCAAAAUUGUAUCAGCCAGCGACCUCAGCCAUGUCGAUGCCACUGACAAGAUGGACGUAUACGCCGUCGUUUCAAUUCACGGCGAAGGUACUCACAAGACACAAACGGCCAAAACACCCAUCGACUACGACGGUGGUUUGAAUCCGACGUGGAAUCACACCGUUAAGUUUCCCUGCAACGAAGAAGAAGGCCGUGAAGGCCGGUUAACCCUCAAGGUCGAGUUAUUUAGCUAUUUGCUCGAACGGAAGGAAGACCUUUAUCUAGGAGAAGUCAACGUCUCGGUUAAGGAACUUUUUGCCUCAGAUCCACGGCCGUUUGGAAACGGUAACGUCCAUAAAAUGAAGUCUAUGACUUGCCCUAUCAAAGUCACAGAGGAAGGAAGUACCAACGCAAGGUUGUGCCUCUUGUACCGGUUUAAACCACUGCCGGUUGAUGAUUCGUGUCCUCCUGUACCUCAGGAUCAUUCCCUCUCGAUCGGUCAACCCGUUUAUCCAAACCCGGAACCAGCAAUACCAGGUCAGCCUGUCGUAUUUUCCCCUCGGUUUCAAACCACCACGACCAAACUGAUCCUUGAGAUUGUGAUCAAGUUUGCCAAAGACAUUGAAGAUGUCAACGCCUUCUCGGCUAUGGACGUAUAUGCUUCAGUUGCGAUCCUUAAAGACAGGAAAGUUAAGGACAGGAUCAAUACCCCUGUCGCUUUCUCCGCAAAUACAAACCCUAAAUGGAACCAGACGAUUAAGUUUUCACUCGAUGAGAAGUUAGCUCAAGAAGGGCGUUUGAUGCUCCUCGUGGAACUGAUGAGCCACAGGCCUUUUCUUGGUGAUAAGGAAAUCGGGUUCGUCAGACUUCCAAUGAAACAACUAUUAGGCUCAAACCCUCCAGCCAGUGGUGAUGCUAACGGUAUGAAGCUGGAAACGCACGCUUUGACGGGUCCUUAUGGGAAAAAAGGUGUCGUGAGCUUCACUUAUAGGUUUCUUGCGGAACAACUUAGGGUUUCAACGGUUCCAACACCGUCGACAACAUCCCAACCAUAUAUCAUGUAUCUACCGGUCUCGCCUCAUUCAUACGCGUCAUCAGAUCCGAUACAGUUGACCUCAAGUUAUGUGACUGUUCAACAAGGUAAAAAUGCUGGGCAGGGUAACGGACUAGUACCAAUAUAUAUGUCGCCUCAAUAUCAAUCACAUGGAUAUCAACAAUAUUCACCACGAAAUCCGCAGCCACCACCGCAACAUUCGCAGCUUAAGCCACUGACUCGGGAGCCGUUCUCUCAGUCAAUGCCGGAUACACAAGAAGCAUAAACUUGUUGUACUCGUCUUAAUUAUUGCGUGGAAAAUAAAAUGAUCUCAGUUUGAUAUGUAUUUUUAAAUGCUUGGACCAAUUUUCCUUCUUUUACUUUCAGUUGAUUUGUGUUGUUCCUCUCUCCAUUAUCUUGAAACUUAAUAUUUGCCAAGAGAAAUUUUCCAUCACUCUUUUUUCAUGAUAUUUUGACAUUUCCUGCUUUA